GUGAAGAAAAUUAAAGGAGGACUUGGAUGCAAAUAUAUACUUGUGUGUACUCAUUGAGGAGAUGCAAGUUUUGGAAAUGGAAGCAAAUGGGAUAUUUGAUAGUGUGAUGAAAGGGAGGUGGGAUGAAGUUGUAGAGGCAUAUGAGAAGAAUCCCAGUUUUCAAGAGGCAAGAAUAACAAGAUCACAAGAUACUGCAUUGCAUGUAGCAGUAUCUAAUGACCAAACAAAUGUUGUGUUGAAGCUUGUGGAAAUGGCCGGAGAGAAUUCAUCAGUAAUCCUGCAGAUGAAAAAUGACAGAGGAAACACACCUCUUCAUCUAGCAGCAAGGCUUGGUAAUGUUAAACUCUGUCAUUUUCUGGCAACAAAAGAUAGAAGCCUCAUUAGAUGUAGAAAUUCCGAGAGUGAAACCCCACUUUUUCUCUCAGCUCUUCAUGGCAAGAAAAUGGCUUUUCUUUGCCUUCAUUUUCUUUACAAAGAAGAAUACAGGGAAAUUGAUUAUUCAUUGUGCAGAAGAAGUAAUGGAGACACCAUUCUUCACUCUGCCAUCUCUGGAGAAUAUUUCAGCUUGGCGUUUCAGAUAAUACUGUAUUAUCCAUAUCUUGUCAGUUCUAUUAAUGAGGAUGGUCUAUCUCCUCUGCAUAUCCUCGCUAGUCAUCCUAAAGCUUUCAGAAGUGGCUGUAAUCUUCCACCAGUCAGUCGUCUCAUUUACUACUGUGUAUUGGUUGAUAAGCUUGAGGAGGAAACACAUGAACCUGAAGCAUGCCUAGACAAGCUACGAGUCCAAACAGAUCCCAAGUAUCCACAAAAUUAUGAAACUUGCAUGGACUUGUUCCAAGCGACCAGGAGUUGCUUUAAAGUAUUAACUAGAACGAAGGAGAAUAGCUUAGGCCAUCAAGUGAGACAAUUUCUUUUUCCAGCAAAGAUUGAAGAUGAAAAUUCUGACUCACCAGAUGAAGAAAUGGCACAAGAAACAUGCAGAUUGUCUCAUGGUAGGAACCAGCAAAGGAAAGAGUCCAGAGAAAAACAUUUGCUUCCUCCCAACUAUUCAACAAUUUACCAUAUCUUCAAGUUUAUGGUUAACAGUUUGCUGAUCAUUCUUGGAUUUGGCAUUUCAAAAAUAAAGAAUAUCAGAGUAAAAAAACAGACACACGUAUGGGCUGUUCAAAUAAUGACAGAACUGGUUGAAAGAGCUUCUCUGUACAACUACGAAGAUGAUGACUGGAAUCCCAGAAGUUCAUGGCCUAAAAGAGCUGGAGAUCCACCUGAAUUUCUUCCAGAGGUUGACAAUAAAUCUCAGAGCACAAAUGCUGAGUAUUCUGACCAAAAUGGAAGAGAUGAGCACAGAAGAGGAACAGAGAAGAAUCAGAAACACACACCAACGGAUGCACAUCCAUCUGCAAACCAAGAGUUGAGCCCACAACACAAAAAUCUUGUGGACCUCAAAUUUAAGGAUACUCAGAGAUGUUUGAAGAAGGAAACGCCUCUACUGGUAGCAGCUAAGAUGGGAGUGACUGAAAUUGUGGAUAAAAUAUUAGACACAUUUCCUAUAGCUAUUCAAGACAUGGACUCUGAAAACAAGAAUGCAGUGCUCAUGGCAGUUGAGAACAGACAAACAGAUGUCUACAAUCUAUUGCUGAAGAGGCCAAUGCUUAAGGAAAGUGUGUUCCAACAAUUGGACAAUGGAGGAAACAGUGCUUUACACCUUGCUGCUAAAUAUGGAGAUAACAGGCCUUGGCUUAUUCCAGGGGAUGCCUUGCAGAUGCAAUGGGAAAUCAAGUGGUACAAGUUUGUGAAGAAAUCCAUGCCGCAGCAUUUCUUUGUUAAACGCAAUGGCAAGGGCCAGACAGCAAAAGAAAUCUUCACAGAGACACACAAAGACCUUGUAAAAAAGGGCAGUUUAUGGCUCACAAAAACCUCCGAGUCAGGCUCGGUUGUCGCAACACUCAUCGCAACUGUUGCAUUUGCAACUUCAGCAACUGUACCAGGUGGUGUCGACGAACGAAAUGGUGAACCAACUCUUAAAAAUGAACCUGCAUUCAGUAUCUUUGCCAUUGCAUCCAUUGUAGCUCUCUGCUUUUCUGUGACUGCACUCGUCUUCUUUCUUUCAAUUCUCACAUCUCGUUACCAAGAAAGUGAUUUUGCAAUGGACUUGCCAAGGAAACUUUUUAUCGGUUUAACAUCGCUCUUCGCAUCCAUAGCUUCUAUGUUGCUGUCAUUCUGUGCAGGACAUUUCUUUGUCCUCAAUGAAAACUUGAGAUAUGUAGCUUUUCCAUUAUAUGCUGCCACAUGCUUGCCAAUGGGCUUUUUCGCUCUUGCACAACUCCCUCUCUACUUCGAUCUUGCAAGCGCUAUCUUCAACAAGGUGCCUGAGCGUAGCUACAAGCACAAGAUUUCUUUAAGCAGAGCCAUACAUUCUUGAAGCUCCUUAUGUGUUCAGGAUCAACUUCCUAUUUUAGUUUUUGAUGCGAAUGUUAAAGAGUGAGGUUUGCACGUUGUUUAAGAGUAACUUCUGAUCUUGUGUUGAAAUAGUAAAUCAACAAUGUAAUUUCUACUCUGUAUUUGUGAC